GCGCCCGGCGUGCUGGGGAGGCCGCGCGCACGGCGCCGGGAUCCCGGGCCUUCGCGGCCAGCAUUGGCCCAGCGAAGUGUCGGGCGGUAGCUCCGCCCCUUCCGGUUUCGGCUCCCCGCACUUCCCGGCGCGCUGUCUCGGCUGCAGCUAGGGCUGAGCGCGGAUCCUUAGUGGCAGGUCAGAUAAUGGGCGCACAGGCCUCUCAUAAUUCGCAGGCAUCCUCAUCAGCUGAUGAGGUGCCUGGUACCCCUCCUGUUUUCCAGGGUCCCAGUGUGGUUCCAAUUGCAGGCAGCAGCUAUACUAGUCUCCCUGAAAAUGCCCCUUUGCUGCCUGCUGUAGUAGAUUCUAUGGAUGUGGGUAGUGAGCCUUUAUUUGAAGAUGCUGUAGAGGUUGUGGGAGUGGGCCAGGGUUUGCUGCCUCCUAUCUCUCAGGCUACAAUUUUAACCCCUGCUCCACAGCCACAUAGUGCCCCCAGCCCCUUGCAUAACCCCCUCCCUCCCCCCCCCCCUCCCCCAGUGGUUGCUGCUGCACAGUUGCCGGCGCCUAUAGUCAGCCAGCCACCGCGUGACCGUGAUGGUUAUGGGUCUGUGAGUCGGUCCCGUGGGCGUCGGUCCCGAUCGUCCUCCCGGGGUUCUGGCCGAUCGCGCAGAAGCAGAACUGCUGUGUCGCAUCAUGGGUGUAGGAGACGUUGUCGCCGGGAGUCCAGGAACAGGGACAGGUCCCGCAGGUCCCGUUCAUCCCGCUGGCGUUCGCCCUCCUCCUCGGGGGAGAGUUCCUGGAGUUCCGUUAGCCCGGACAGGAGGUCUCGUAGGCGUUCGGGCAGGCGACACAGGUCCAAGCCUGCUCGGAGGUCUUCAAAUGGAGCUGACCGACAGGGGGCUGUAGAUACACCUGCACCCGUGGAGCGUGUGGACCCUGCUCCGGUUCCUCAGUGUGGACCUUCAUCUUCUCCGACUGUUGUUCCUGCGCAGACGGUUCCAGGACUUCAGGAGGUUGUGCCCGACGGCAGAGCUGGAGGGUCGAGCGUGCCCGCCUUUGGUCUGGGGCCUAGUGACAGGAGAUUGAUGCCACUACUGGAAUCAUCGAUGGCGGCCUCUACGUGGUCGGGACAUGGUAAGGCGUGGAAGGAGUGGUGUCUUUUGGUGUAUGGGCGAAAUGUGUCUGGGUGUUCUGAUUCGAGAUUGGAGGUAACUGUGGACUACUUAUUGUCAUUGCGCGCUUCACAUUUUUCUGCUUUAGUGGCGCGGCGCAGGCUGGCGGGGGUUAGUUUUUAUUUUCGCUUGCUGGGGUGGGAAGAUGUUACAAAACGUUUUUUGAUUCAGCAAUCGCUGAAGGGAUGGCAGCGUACUCAUGUCCGCAGGGAACAGCGGCGCCCUGUUUCUUAUCCUUUGCUUGUCUCGCUAGUACAGGCCUCGGUCAGUUGCUGUUGUUCCCCUUUUGAAUCUGCCUUAUACUCCGCUGCUUUUUGUGUUGCGUUUUUUGGUGCUCUGCGGGUGGGGGAGUUGGUUCCUUCCUCUAAGCAGGGUUCCGGUGGUUUGCUUUUUGAGGAUGUGGUUUGCUCCAACGGUGUUUUGCAGCUGCGUAUUCGGCGGUCGAAAACCGAUCAGGCGGGAACGGGAGCUUGGGUUCGCCUUCAGUCGGUUGAUGGCCCGGCCUGCCCGGUGCGGGCGGUUUCCGCCUAUUUGUUAAUUCGUGUUUCUGGCAGACAAUUUUUCUCUCAUGCUGAUGGUUCGGCUUUGUCCCGUUUUCAAUUUCAGUCGCUGUUCAAGCGGUGUCUGCAAUACGCGGGGGCCCCCCCUUCCGAAUUCGGAACGCAUUCCUUUCGGAUUGGGGCGGCUACGGAGGCGUCCAGGGCAGGAUUGUCCGUGUCUGAUAUUCAGCGUAUUGGGCGUUGGCGCUCGGAUUGCUAUGCUGGUUACGUGCGCCCUGAAUUGUUGCUUUAACCUGUUUUUCCUUUUAGAUCCUCCGGUUGCUACGGUGGUGUUCUUGGGCCACUCCUAUGUUCAUCGGGCGGCACA